CAGUCAUACAUUGUAUUGUGUGUACUGCUGUAGCAUGUUAGUGGACUGAGUGUUCUACACUGAACAAUCCCCAGUAAGCAAUCAACAGCAUUUGAGGCACGCUGUCCACUAAAGAUUGAAAGGCUUGGAGGACUGUCGCAGUCAUGUGAUAUUCAUAUAGCUAUGAUCCCUUUUUGAUCACACGCUCGAUACUGAUUUGAAAUACCAUAACAAGUUUUCGUGUUAUAUAGUUUUAUAGAAACAUACUCCAUAUUAAAAAUCUCUAUUGUAACCAGCAUUUCCGAAAGAAUGGCACACUGGAACGUAUUUGCAUUGUGACGGUUCAUGCGUUGCCAUGCAACAGUAUCAAACGACGCAUUUGCCAUAGCAACGUGUCCAUACAGUGGUAAAGGUCUGACAAGAACCCCUAAAAAGUACGACCAAAAUGGCGCUGCCUUUGCUGCCAGGAUUCUCAAUUAACAAAAACUUGAGCAAGGACAAAUUUCACAAGUCUCAGCAUUUUGACUACUCAAAUGGGGUUCCUAUGUUGGUCGGAUCUGAGAAGCCGGGUAUUGGAGGUGAAUUGCUCCUAGGCCAGAAACACAAGCAAAAGUACUCUUUGUUCCCCAAGGGAGAAAAUAGUAACGCACCAUCGUGGGUAGCCUUUGACAAACAGGUGCUGUGUUUUGAUGCCUUUUUCCAAGAGGUCGUGCCUCAAAGCAAGGAAGAAAAAUACAGGGUUAGGAAGUGUAAAAUUUACUUUUACCUGGAGGAUGACACCAUUCAAGUAGUGGAGCCAGAAUUAAAGAACAGCGGGAUCCCUCAGGGAACCCUGAUCCGGCGCCAUCGGAUUUCGCUCCCACAUCCAAAUGAUGACCAGUUCUACAACGUGCACCAUUUCAACAUCAACCAGGAGAUGGUGCUGUACUCCAGGACCUUUAAGAUCAUGGACUGUGACCCUUUCACAAGAAAUUUCCUGAGGAAAUUGGGAGUGCGCCUCAACCCCACUGCCUCUGUUCCUGAGGACCCUUACUGUAACCUUCGUCAAGAGAUGGAGGAGAGCAUGAAGCCUUUGCGUCCUUAUGAGAGACAGGACACCCUGAAGCAGUUCCUUGACCAUGACCGCAACGUCCUUUGCUUCUACUGCCACUGGGACGACUCGGAGAGCAUGUUUGGUGACCCCCGGGAGCUCAUCAUGCAUUACUUCCUGGCCGACGACACCAUUGAGAUCCGCGAGGUUAUCUACCCGAACUCAGGCCGCGACGCCACCCCGAAGUUUCUUCACAGGAGUAGGCUACCCAAGCACGCUCCUAUUCCCAUACACCAGCCUGGAGAGAAAACAGAUCGCACUGUCCUCAAUGUGUUCGGACCUAUGGGACAUGGGGGACGUUAUAUUUUGGAUAGCCUGAAAACUGGAGCUGUCAAGGAGGACUUCUACAAGGACCGCGACCUGACUUUUGGCAGUGUCAUCAACGUCUGGGGCAGACGGGUGAUGAUCUGCGACUGUGACAACUUCACCAAGGCGUUCUACCGCACCAAAUACGGCGUAGAGGACUUCACCCCUGUGCAAUACAAAGCUCCCCCGGCCCCUAAGCCAGCCAGACCAGUGCCCCCGUACAAUGGCUUUGGAUCAGAGGAAGACUCCCUGUGCUCCUGCCAGGGCUUGCUGCCCAAACCCCCACAGAAGGACUUUAAGAAGCUGAUGGAGAAGGACAGGCAAGGUCUUGAUAGUAAUGUGCUGAGGUUUGUCGGCAAGAUGGAAACUGACAAUCCCAUUGACAAGGAGCGAGUGUUCAUCAUCUGCUUCUACCUGAGUGAUGACACCAUAGCUGUGUUUGAGCCCACUCAGAGGAACUCAGGUGUGAUCGGUGGUAAGUUCCUGGAGAGGAGCAGGGUAAAGAAGCCAGGCCAGGAGCUGUUUAAGAGUGAGAAGUCUGAGUGGUUCACAGUUCAGGACCUGUAUGUGGGAGCUCAGCUCCUGCUCAACAAACAGUCCUUCAAGCUGGUGGAUGCCGAUGAGUACGCUUUCAACUACAUGGAGCAGCAUGUAGAGGAGUUCCCCAGGGCCAACAUGGGCACCAUUCUGAGCAAGAUUAAAUCCAUCAGUGAGGACAAGAAGAACCAGCUUCUCGCCAUGGUUAGCCAAGGAGACACAGGCAUGAUCCAGUAUGAGCAUUUCAGGUCCCUGCUGGUGGCGACCGACUGCGGGCUGUCGGAGCACGAGAUCAUGAUGCUGGGGCGCAGCUACUCGGAGCGGGAGCAGACAGAGGCCAACAUGGGGAUGAUGCUGGCCGUGGCGCAAGACCAGCUGAGGAAGAAGCACUUUGAGGCCUUCGCAGAAAUGAUCAGGGCCUUCACCCACGAAGACCGCAACAGAACUGGCCUCCUGCCCAGCAAAGAUGUCCGCACCAUCUGCAAGGCCUUCCAGCUCCCCUUGCCUGAUGACCUUCUAAGGGGCAUCCUCAAAAGGUAUGAGAAGGAGUCGGAGGAGAUCGACUUCCACGCCUUUCUGUCUGGCAUCAACUGGAGGGAGGACCCCGCCCCCCCGGUCUUCGCCGAGGACGUGUUGAAGCCCUUUUCUGUGACCAAGCCCAAGCCGAAACUAACGGGCCAGACAAUGGUGGAUUACUCUGCCUUUAUAAAAGGACUCACCGGACUGUAAGAAGAGACGUGAAGACACAGCCAUCGUGGUCUCUGACUACGUCAACAUGCCCUGCAUGACCCUGCCACAAAUAGUUUUUAAAAAUAUUUUUCUACCUCCUCUUCUCUUUCGUUUCACUCCUUCCAUCCUGUUGUUUUGUCCCGACCCAACCCACUCCCUCUGCUCAUCUCUUCGCAUCUCUCCUUACCUUAACCCUCAUGCUCUGGAGGCCUUGUCUCUCUCUAACAAACCCCUCCGCCGCCAAAAGCAUUUGUCAUGAUUCACGACUCUUUGACAUUAUUCAAUUCCUCUGUGGUGAGCAAAACAACAAUAACAAAAAAACAAAAAAAAACAGCGUGUUGAUUGUUGAUGUGGAUUUGUUCUGUUUAGUGUUCACUCUCUGCUUUUCAAAGCCUCUCGUCUCGUUAUUUUUUUUUCUUUUUCUUUCAGUUUGAUGUGAACUGGAACGGAACCCCUGCGGGCCUGGCGGUGAGGAGCGUCCACUAUGCUCUCAUGCUGGAGGACGUCUUCGGGCCCAGGGGGACCGCAGACAAGCAGAGCUGAAAGGGAGUCCGGCGAGAGGGAGAGAGGGGGGGGAGCAGUCGGGAUCUCAGAUCUCACCUGCUCCAACUGCUGGACAGCAAAAACACCCGACACUGUUUAUUUGUGUGAAGCACUUAUUUAAGUGAAACAAAAAUGCAAGCCGCGAAAUCC